UCCCGGUGAGGGUUUAUCAGUCCCGGACGUGUCCCCCGCUGCUGUGACGGUGUUGAAGCUAACGCUGCUAACACGGUUCAACUCCCCGGUACCGGAGACAUGUCCGCCGCCUCCGCCACCUCCUCUGGGGCCGGUCCCGCUCAGUGAGUCCGUGUUUACCCGUGGAGGAGACUUCCUGUGGGGGAAGAUGGACGCGCACCGGACCCAGGUGUUAGCAUUAGCCGGCUAGCAUGUCGUGUAGUUCUGCGUCUGCUGCGUGAAAUGACUUGAUAGAACUCACACUCCCAGAAUCCUCCACUCUCACGCGCACGGAGGCGUCAUCGCUCGCCCCCUGUAGCCGAGCUCAUCGACCAUGGGAGGCUCCGUGUCCUGCUGCUCCUCGGGAGAAACUCCCAAGAUCUCCCGGAGGGAGGUGGAGCUAGAGGAGUGUCCCAUCACCACCGCGGAGGACGUGAGUGAGGACACCGGGACAUACCUGCAGCACAUCAGUGACCGGGAGCUUCCGGACGGUGAGUGUCUGUCUCCAGAGAUCUGUCGUCUCCAUGUCCACCUUCACUCACUUUGUCUUUAUGUCGUCGCAGAACUCGCUCAGGAGUCGAACCCGUCCGAUCAUCCCAGAGCCAGCACGCUGUUCCUCAACAAGUCGCAGACGGACGUGCGGGAGAAAAGGAAAAGCAACUACUUGAAUCACAUGUCUCCCGGGCUCCUGACGAAAAAGUACAGCUCCUGCUCCACGAUCUUCAUCGACGACAGCACCGUCAGCCAGCCCAACCUCAAGAGCACCAUCAAGUGCGUCGCUUUGGCCAUUUACUAUCAUAUAAAGAACAGAGACUCAAACCGCUCGCUGGAGAUAUUCGACGAGAAGAAGCACCCCCUGUCGAGAGAAAAGGUCCCAGACGACUACGCCGUGGUCGACCCCGAGCACAAGCUCAUCUACCGCUUCAUCCGGACGCUCUUCAGCUCGGCGCAGCUCACCGCCGAGUGCGCCAUCGUCACUCUGGUGUACCUGGAGAGGCUGCUGACCUACGCUGAGAUGGACAUCUGUCCCUGUAACUGGAAGAGGAUUGUUCUCGGCGCCAUCCUGCUGGCCUCCAAGGUCUGGGACGACCAGGCCGUGUGGAACGUGGACUACUGCCAGAUCCUCAAAGAUAUCACCGUGGAGGACAUGAACGAGAUGGAGCGUCACUUCCUGGAGCUGCUCCAGUUCAACAUUAACGUCCCGGCCAGCGUCUACGCCAAGUAUUACUUUGACCUGCGCUCGCUGGCGGACGAGAACAACCUCAGCUUCCCGCUGGAGCCGCUCGGCAACAAACGGGCCCAGAAGCUGGAGGCGAUCUCCAGGCUGUGUGAGGACAAGUACAAGGACAUGUGUAAAAACGCCAUGAGGAGGUCCGUCAGCGCCGACAACCUGAUUGGCGUCAAGAAAUCCAACGCUGUGCUCUCCUAAGCCUGCGGCGGCCAUCUUCCCCGUGGCGAGGAGGAGGCGGAGCAACGGAAUGCCACGCUGCGCUCGAGACACGUUUCAAAAGUACGUUUUCACGUGAGCAGAUGAAAAGUUCCAUCGCAAAAAUGUUAGAUGUGGAUUUUUGAAGAAGAGCAUAAAAAAAAAGAGUUUACCACACAGUAUCUAAAAUAUUAGGAACUUGAGGUUCUACGUUUUAAAGCAUGGUAAUCCGAAGAAUCUUUUUAUUUGGAAUCGUGGACAUUAACGUUGGAAGGAAUCAGCACGGAAACGUUUCCAGACGCCACAACUUCAGGACCUCGUCGUCCUUUUUCUUCAUCUCUUUUUUCCCCCAACGCUCCCUCAGUCGCUCGGGGAGUUUCUUCUUCUGUGGCUUCGUUGCCUCAUCGCUCAACAAGCCGCGUCCUCUCUCCGUUCUCCAGGCGCUGGCCACACGUCGUGAACUACCCUGUGGUGUAGUUCUGCACACGGACAAAGAGGUUUUGUUUUGCUUACUGUGUAGGCUCCUAUAGCUGUGAAAUGUACGACUUUAUUUAAUUCAAAAAUAAAUUCCAGUCGCUGUUUAAAAUCGAG